UAAAAUUUCCUGUCGUACGUGACAGCUCUGCAUCUCCUGGAGGUAAACAUCGUGCUCUCGAAGGAAUAUUGCCGAGCCAUUUUCGUGUGUCCUUGUUGCCACCGUUUUCGCCAAUAGAAAAGGAUCAUUUGGCUGCGUGCACAUUCCCCCCGCCGGAAACAGUGACCCGGAGUGUUCGUUGAUCGUAAGUGAGCCACUUGUGCCACAGCGAGGUUGGAACAGUUUUCCAAACCCCGAAGCACACAGCUCGAAGCAUCCCGCCCUUGAGAAGCAUCGUAGACAGUAACAGCCCGUGGAUGCGCUUGCACGAGGAUAACCAAGGACGGAAGCCAAGCACCGCCGAGUGGUACGAUAUGAGCGACGAUGAUCGGGACAUUGACAUAGAGAGCGAUGAUGGUGAUGAUUCGGACAACACCAAAUCCCAAUCGCGUUCCGGCGCUGGGAGCCAUCUUUACUCACAGGUAGCCGAAAAGCGCGCUCACCACAAUGCCCUUGAGCGGAAGAGGCGCGAUCACAUCAAGGACAGUUUCACCUCACUGCGCGACUCCGUACCGUCGCUGCAGGGCGAGAAGGCCAGCCGCGCCCAGAUACUGAAGAAAGCGGCCGAAUACAUCCAGUUCAUGCGACGGAAGAACAACUCACAUCAGCAAGACAUUGACGAUCUGCGGCGGCAAAACAAUAUGCUCGAAUCGCAAAUCCGCCACCUGGAGCAGGCACGGGCGUCCGGCAACUUCGUCGACGGUGCUGAUCUUGGGCUUGCGUUCCAGGACGGGUCGCGCGGUUCCGACAGCUCCGACAUUGACGAGGUUCCUACCAACAACAACAACGGGCUCGGUGCGCGGCGAAACAAGAAGAUGAAAACGAAUGCGAACUACUAGAGAGAGAAAGAGAGAGAGAGAGACCGUCUGGCCACAGUGGGCGGAAUUUGGUAACAUUUUUUUUCUUAUGGUUUCUUUUCUUUUGUUCGUUUUUUUUGCUAAGUAACGGCACAAUCAUCGGCGUUACUUCGCGUACGUGGUAGCUUGUAGAGUUGGCUUUAAGGUUACAUUUACAUAUUAUUUUAGCUCUCGAAACAGCUCGAUUUGCGCUUCCGUACAGUUCUGUUUCCGUACAAAGAUCCUAACGAAUUGAAACCUUUUUCUUUCAUUGAUGUAAAUUAAUUAUUUGUUCAUAAUACCGGGAACAAUCUGGUAAACACACCACACCACGGAACAACAUUUGCAAAUUUGAUGACUGUAUGCAUGAAAAACACAAUGGGUUACGCUUGAGUUAUGGCAGUCGAAGAAAAACAAAAACAUAUAUAAUAUUAAAUUGUAGGAAAAGUGUCAUUAUUGUGCAUAAUCGAGAGAAGAGAUACAAUAAAACUAUACUUAGCAUUUCAAUAAAACAUGA